CUUUGCCUGCCACCUCCCAAGGACAAACCUCACAACUCAAGGCCCAAGUCAAGAGAGUCUGAAUGCAAGAGCCUCCUGAUCUAGUGGCCAAGACCGCCUCUGACCUCCUGCCAUGUACCCCAACCCUCUCAUCUACUGCACCUGCUGGGACCCCUGGAACUUGGGACCACGGAAGCUAAUCAAGACCCCUCGGCCACCAACCAAGACCUCCGUAGGGAAGCCCAAGCUAACUCCUCUUCCUCCAGCUGCAAAAAAACAAAGUUGUGUUCAACCAACAACAAAACCUGUUGUUGCCCCAAAAGUGACAGUCGAUUUAGGAAAACAAGAGGAGAGCAACACAUUACCUAAUGAAGUGAUAAAUGUGUCACCUGGCUAUCGCCUCAUUCGAAAUAGGGAGCAGAUUUACGUCACCUUGGGAGAUGAAAUGUUUGAUAAGAAAAAGCAGUCGAAAUCAGAGAUCAUGGACAGAAUCAAAAUUUCCAGGACUGAUAUCAUUACUGACCUCGAAGAGCAGAUCUCAGAGCUGACUGUGAUCAUUGAGCAAAUGAACAGAGACCAUCUGUCUGCCCAGAAAUUGCUCUCCGAUGAAAUGGCUCUCCACUGUGCUGAGAUGCAGGAGAACUUCGAAAACAAGAACAAGGAGCUCAAAGAGGCUCAUGCAACAGAGCUCAGUCAGUUGGAGAACAACUACAAAGCAUCAUUGAAGGCAGAGAAGCUGGCUGCCCAAGAAAAACUAGAUGAGAUGGAAAAGGAAUAUAAGUAUUUGAAGAAUAUGUUUCAUAUGUAUCAGGACAGCGUUUAUGAUGAAAUGGAGGACAAGUGGUCGAAGAAGAAGGCAGAAUGGGAAAAGGAGGAGAAGUUAGAGCGGGAAAAGAUCCUGCUACAGCAAAAACAUAAAAUGACAAAAAAGUUUGAGUUAGAGUCAAUAGAAGAAAAGAAGAAAAUAAAUGAUUCCUACAGUGCCAUCUUUGAGAACUUCAUUCGAGAGAAGGAGGAGCUACUGAAACAACAUGAAAAGGAUACCUUACAAUUAGAGGAGCUAAGAAAGACCAAACAGGUCAUGGAGGAAGAAUUGAAUACACAAGCUGUUAUCCUAGAAACACUUAACACAACCCUCUACCAAACCCAGAUGGAACUUCAGAGAGAGAAAGCUACAGUGGGAAAUCUGGAGAAAAUGUUCCAGAUCAAGCUUGCUGAAGCUGAAGAAAAGUUUAAAUAUACCAUACAGCUUCUGACAGAAGAAAAUAUUCAUCUAAGGCAAAAAAUAAUUGCCAAGAAUGAAGAAAUUUAUGAAGAACGAUCUGGGAGAUCAACCUCUAUUUAUGAGGAUAAUUCUGACACUUUAGAAGAUGACAAAAAUGAAAAACAAGAAUUGUGAGCAGAAAAGUUGUUCUCCAGUACAAAAGAUGCUGAAAAUACUUCCAGUCCUGAGGCAAAUGAGAAAGGGGAGAGUGCUACUGUUGGCCUUCUGUCUUCUCAACUAGUCUAUAAGAUGGGUAAGCUAUUAUUUAGGCUUACUACCAAACCAAUCUAAAUAAUGAUUGUAUUACUUACAUAAUCAAAAUAAAAAGCAAAAAAAAAUUUAAUAGAAGCUUCAUACUUAUUUUAUCUUGAACUCUCAGAUUUGUUUAUCAAAAUACAAAACAUGAGGGGCACCUGGGUGGCUCGGUCAGUUGAGUGUCUGCCUCUUGAUUUGGGCUCAAGUCAUGAUCUCAGGGUCGUGAAGAUCGAGCCCCACAUCAGGCUCCAUGCUCAGCAUGGAGUCUGCUUGUCCCUUUCCCUCUUCUCCUCCCCCCUCCACUUGCACUUGCUCUCUCAAAUAAAUAAAUCUUUUAAGAAAAAUGCAAGAUAUGAAUGUUUAAAAAAUCAAGUAGAAUUAAAAGGCCUAUUACAAAAAGCUAUCACUUCUCUAACUCUUCCUAUUACCCAGUCAUGUUCCAUGAAGGCAACCACUUUCAACUUUUUACAACUAUUUUUUGGUAUUCACCUCCAUUUUGUAAUGAAUUUGAGCUCUUUGCUAUUUAUUUACUUAUAAAUUUUAGACUUUGUAUUGAGUUCUUAUUAUGGAGGAUGAGCAUUUGAUACUCUUAUACAGUUAUUUACAACUUUUAAUCGAAUCAAUAGUACUAUGUAAACAUAAUAUUCUUUAAUUAUGCUUCCUUUUUUAUUAAAUUUUUUGUCUUUCCUGGAAUUAGUAAUUGCAUUAUUUUUUCAUUGCUUUGUUUUCCAUAUGCAUAACCUUAUUUUUUUUCCAAGUUCUCUAAGAUCUAGUCAAAGUCUUUCAACACUUUCAGGGUGCCUGAUUUUUUUUUAACUAAAAAUUAUAUAUACUUAAGGCAUAAAACUGAUUAUAUACACAGUGAAGUGAUUAUCACAGUCAAGCUAAUAACAUAUCUCCUCACAAACUUAAUUCCUUUUGUGUGUGUGUAUGUGUGAUGAGAGCACCUGAAAUACACUCUCUUAGCAUAUUUCUAGUAUUCAAUACAGUAUUAUUAACUAUAGUCAUUAUGUCAUUCAUUAGAUCUCUAAAUAAGUUACAUAUCUGCAACUUUGUACCUACCCUUUGACCAAAAGGCCAGAAAUAUAAUCAAAUAUUAUUUUAAUAAAAAUGUUUUGAUAGUGGGGCAUUUGGGUGGUUCAGUCAGUUAAAUGUCCAACUC